CGCAUCCGUGUCCGCUAGCCCAGGCGCUGCGCACUUGCCAGCCAGUCAGCCCGUCCGGAGCCCGGCUCGCUGGGGCAGCAUGGCGGGGUCGCCGCUGCUCCGCGGGCCGCGGGCCGGGGGCGUCGGCCUUUUGGUGCUGCUGCUUUUGGGCUUACUCGAGCCGCCCCCCGCGCUCUGCGCAAGGCCGGUAAAGGAGCCCCGCAGCCUGGGCGCAGCCUCUCCGCCAAAGGCUGAGGCCAGCACUCCCCGCCGCUUCCGGCGGGCAGCGACUCGAGGAGAGGCGGCGGGGGCUGUGCAGGAGCUGGCGCGGGCGCUGGCGCACCUGCUGGAGGCCGAACGGCAGGAGCGGGCGCGGGCCGAGGCGCAGGAGGCUGAGGAUCAGCAAGCGCGCGUCCUGGCGCAGCUGCUGCGCGUCUGGGGCGCGCCCCGCACCAACGACCCGGCGCUGGGCCUGGAGGACGACCCCGACGCGCCAGCCGCGCAGCUCGCCCGAGCCCUGCUCCGCGCCCGCCUGGACCCCGCCGCCCUCGCAGCCCAGCUUGUUCCCGCCUCUGCCCCCGCCGCGGCACUCAGACCCCGGCCCCCAGUCUACGACGACGGCCCCACGGGCCCAGAUGCCGAGGACGCCGGCGACGAGACGCCGGACCUGGAUCCGGAGCUGCUGAGGUAUUUGUUGGGGCGGAUCCUCGCGGGAAGCGCAGACCCCGAAGCUGUGGCUGCCCCGCGUCGCCUCCGCCGAGCCGCUGACCAGGACCUGGGCCCUGAGGUUCCCCCUGAGGGCGUGCUGGGGGCCCUGCUGCGCGUGAAGCGUCUGGAGACCCCCGCACCCCAGCCCCCAGCGCGCCGCCUCCUGCCUUGAGCACCGCCUGGAUCAGCGCGCCGCCUCCUGCCCUGAGCACCGCCUGGAUCCUGCGCGUACUCCGGGGGCCCAGGACCGCCUCGCCCCUGACUCCCCGACAGCCAGUUGCUGCCCUGGAACCCCAAGAUCCGCACCCCUGACCCCACAAUAAAUAUGAUCUGAAGCAACUG